AUGGGAGGGGUAGAAGAUGAUGAACCACCCUCAAAGCGUGUAAAAGUUGCUUCAGAAGGAUUGGCAAGUCUUUCAAAUUGUUUACCUUGCAAAGUCAACAAGCCCAGCAACCCUUUGGAAGGUUCAAUGGCCAAGCCUCUUCCUUCUGAAGGGAAAGAGGAUAUGGUUGGUUCUAAAGGUAUCAUUAGAAGAGUGGAAUUUGUUCGGAUUAUAACAAAGGCUCUUUAUUCUCUUGGUUAUGAGAGAAGCGGAGCCCUUUUAGAAGAAGAAUCUGGGAUAUAUCUUCACUCAUCUAUUGUCAACGAGUUUAGGAAGCAUAUUCUGGCGGGAAGUUGGAAUGAAAGUAUCUCCACACUGAAUAAAAUUGGAUUAACGGAUGAAAAGAUCCUGAAAUCUGCAUCUUUUUUGAUAUUAGAGCAGAAACUUUUUGAACAUUUGGAGAAUGGUAGAUUCAUGGAUGCAUUGAAGACUCUGAGAAGUGAAAUCACUCCCCUUCACAUCAGUGAAAAGCAAAUCCAUGAGCUUGCAGGUUGCAUUGUUUCUCCAUCUAAAUUUGCACUACGUACUCUGGAAACUCAGGGCCUUGAUGUGGCCAAUUCACGUUUGAAACUCCUUGAAGACCUACAGAAGUUGCUCCCCCCUACUAUUAUGAUACCAGAAAGGAGGUUGGAACAUUUAGUUGAGCAGGCACUUAAUGUGCAGCGAGAAGCAUGUUUUUUUCACAAUUCAUUGGAUAGUUGCCUAUCAUUAUAUUCUGAUCACCAAUGCGGACGAGAUCAGAUUCCUUCGCGAACAACACAGGUCAUAAUGUAAUCUCAUCAUUGAUUUUGAUGACAGUCUAUACUUUCUUUUCGUUUGGGUUACUGUUGCUCAUCAAUUCAUCACUGUUUUUGGAUUGUCUUCUGUAACUCUUAAUCAGAUCUUCUUUGCUGCAUGGUGCUGAAAAGUUUAAUUUUGAGAGGCUAAACACCAGUUUAUGGAACAACAUUGAUGACAUUUUGAGCUAUUUCAUCGUUUGCUUACAAUUUUUGUGAGCAAAUAUUUUUAAUUAUAUACCUAAUCCCAUGAUUUGAAAAUAUUUAAUCAUGAUCAAUACUAAAAAAAUCAAGUCUUAAAAGAGUAUAUAAAAAUCUCAACUGAAUAAUAAAUGAGAAUAAAUUUGAAAUCUAACUAGGAAGAAAUGUUGCUUUCCGUAUAAUGACAACGUCAUUGCCUCGUCAAAUCUUACCUUAAAUUCAGUCAGUCUGUCUUAAAAAGUUUAUCUUUAUUUUCCCAUUAAUCAUUCUAUUUAUGCCUUCAUGGUUCUUGUGGCUGGGCUUUGCAUACCUUUGAAGAAAGGGAGCUUUAAAAUAACUUGACCAGGUCAAUUGUCUUUUUCACAGAAGGAAAUAUUUACGUUUUAGUUUAUCUGUACUCUCAGACCUCGCAAUUAGACUGAUUAUCUCUAUUAUUUUUAUUUGCAUGAAUGCCAAUCGUAUUAAUGUUUGAUUAGAGGUGCUCCUGGUAAAUAAAGAAAUUAAUCCUGAAUUCAGUGCAUUUUUCUCAGAGAAGUCAGAUCUGGGUGUCAUUAUGGAGGUUUAUAGUCUUGACAUUAGUUCAUUAAGUGUCGUGGUCAGCAAUUUGUUUUUACAAUAGAAAUAUGAAAACAUGCAGCUUUUGAAAAAAAUAAAAUAAAUCAUAACUGAGAUUAUUGUGACAGGGUGUAACUGAACUUUCUCUCCUUGUGGAUAAAGUUCCUUGAACGCUCCCAUGAUCUUCGUAGAUUUGUAUUCCUCAGCUUGUUACAAAGCAUCCACAUCUAACAUGAUAAGAAAUAUUUACUGUUGCGUAUGCCCUUUGAAAGUCAUUUUUAGAUUGUAGGUGGGUCGGUAUUGGCUUACUAACUAAUUCCUGGAAAAUUAGCUUUCUUUGGCCAAUGGCUCUUCUCUUGAUAGACAGAAAGUACUCUUACUGGGAAUCGUAUUUGUUGAAUGGAGGUUAAGAAAUAAUAGGACAUCCAAAAUAGAUAUGAAAUAUGGAAUAUGCUGUAGUCGUAGGUAUCCAUGUAGACAGGACAAAUGGAAACGGAUGACAUCUUCAAAUGCACUUAUUGGAGGUGAUUAGGAAUGGGAAUAGCUUUUUGAAUUCAGCUUUUCCCUUGGUAGAUGGGAAUAUUAAAUUUUCGGUCUUUCUACCUUACCAUGGUAUUUAUAUUUUUUUCUCCCUCUCCAUGGCUUCUGUUUUGCUACGCGCUUUUUUUUUUAAUAGGGGCAUGUCACCUUCAAAAUAUCUGUGCUAUGCACAUUAGUACUGUUAUGCAUUUCGUAAGUCAUCUGAUUAUUCAAUUCUCUUUUAAUGCAGAUUUUGCAUGCUCACCAAGAUGAAGUAUGGUUUGUGCAAUUUUCAAAUAAUGGCAAAUAUUUAGCGUCAUCAUCUAGUGACAGAUCGGCGAUUAUAUGGGAGGUAAAUAGAAAAGAUGCUAAGAAAGAUGUCAUUUUCUUUCCUCUUUUAUCUUAUUAUGGGCAUGAAAUACCAUAGCUUUCUGUCAUUAAAUCCAUAUGCAUAUUGCUAUUUAAUGGCCCUUAUCGAAUUCUUUGGGUAAAAUCCUCUCUUUAUCGAUGAACGGCUUUCUUUAUCCUUCGUGCGAUUUCGAUUAUGGAUACUACCCACUAGAUCAUCUAGAACACUGUAGACUUUGGAUCACUGCUAUUGAAAAAUGCAGAAAAAUAUUGCUAGAUAAAAGGAGAGUAAAUAGAGAGGAACCAAAAAGAUCCUAACUUACAGGUGGGAAUCAUUUUGCCGGUUUUCAGUGGCUAAGUAUGAAAGACUAUCAAACCCUUGUCGAAAAGAGAAAUUACCUUCAUACCACUAUUACAAUAUUCUAACUUGAUCUCUCAAACUCAUGAUGUGCCGGUAAGAGAUAUCUGGAGUUUGUCAUAUAUAAAUUUAAAGCAUUCGGAAAUAUAAUAUUUUCUGAAGAUAUCAAUCAGUUGCAUGAUAAGAAUAAGAAUCAUAAGAAAAUGGUGCUGGAUUGGAACCGGUCUCUCCUAGUGGGAAUCACUAUUAAUUUGCUUACUAUGCUCAUCAGCGGCUUAGUUAUAGGAAAAAAAUUUGAAAAGGGCACUUUUAUUGUCAUAGUAUGUGGGGGCAUGGGUAAAGAUAGGAUAUCCUAAAUCAGCGAGUAGGCAUCUUGACGAAACUAUCUUUAUUGUAGUUGUGACCUUAGCUCGAUAGUCUAUCUUAGUUGUCGAAUGAGGUACACAAAAAACGGUCAGUAAACAUAUACGAGAAUGAAUAAUUGGUGCGUAAAUUAUCUAUGGCAUUGAAUGGAAACGUGAUAUUUGCGAACACCAAUGAUGUAAUUUGCUCUUUCCCAUUCCUACCCUUUCUCCCAGUCAUCCUGUCCUUUCAUCGGUACUGGUAGUAAUAUUAGAAGAAACAAAAGAGGGAAAUAAAUGCUGCUAGUUGCUUGUGCAAUAGGUAUUUGCCAGCAUAGUUGGUGGCGAUGUCCUUUUUUUCGUACUAGUUUCUUGUUCAUCCUUUCUCUGUUUCAGUCUUCCUCCACCUAAAGAACAACAGGUCAACAGCUACUACCAAUUUUUUUGAAUUUGCAAGGGGCAUUGGAUUUCCUUGAAAUAGGAUCAGUUAUUUAAAAUUAUGUAUUAAAUUAGUUGAUUUCUCAAGUACUGCGGGGCCACUAUUCAAGGGACUUUAAGAGGCUGAGCACCACAUUAUUUAAAAUCGUCCGAUUCGAAGCCAAAUCGGAUGAUCUGUACCAGAAGUGGCCAUGCCGUAUCCUAGAUCAAGUGGAAAUAUUUUUCCUGUUUGAAAAUGAAAAGGUAUAAGAAAAUAAAUAUAGCCAGCUGGAAUUUUGUUAAUGCCACCUGUGUAGGUGUGGGACGUAAACACUUGUCAGGGGAAGAAAUAGUAGAGGAAGAACGGCAUGAGAUGGCGACUGAGUAAGAAAGUGGAAGAAGAUGGAAGACUAAGGGAAGAAGUCCAAAACUUCGAAAAACUGGUGGUUCAGAUCAUUUUGAUCCAGGAACCUCUACUUGUGGACAACAGCAUUGACUAACACGUCAUACGUUUAGUGGGUGAGUCCUACGCAAAACUGUCGUCUAAACGGUUUGCUGUUUCCCUGCCUUGUUGGUGCCAUUGGUUUGUAUCUUAUCAGAAGUAGAAGAGAACACAAGUGAACCUGUGGGCUUCAGAGGAGGAAGAUGAAAAGAACAGAAACUCUGUUUUUCUCCUCCUAUUCACCUUCCUUCGUCUUUACCCACCACUUCAUCCUCUGGUGUUUCCAGCUUUUGCCUCCCCUAUCGGCUUUUCUUCUUUCACUACAUUGUUAUCAAGGGAAUUGGGCACAGUAUGAUAGGUAUUAUUUCCUAAAUGGAUUCAGUUAGAGUAAAUUUUGUAUUUUCAAGUUUCUUACAUUUCUAUUUUCUUCACUUAGGAAACGCCUAAAAAACUACUAAAUUCAAAAUAUUGGUAAUAAGCUAACCUGUUCAAAUCAUGCCAGUCAGGAAAAAUCGAUGCAACCAAACUCAGUUUUGGGCAUUUUCGAGUCAAAUCCUGAGUUGCAUGGUAUGCAGAAUCAGAUGGAUUUGAUUUUGGCUAACUUGCAGCAAUAAGUUCGUACAACAGAGGGGCCUAUUAAUUAUUCCUGUAGACUUCUGGUGAAGAGCGGAGAGGAAAAUUUUGACGUGUGGAACCUCUGAUCUUCUGUGUUUUCUGAAAGUUCAAUGUGACUGCUGAAACAUGUUUUCCUCAGUUUUCAUGAGUUUUCAUGAGUUUUCAUGAGUUUAAUGAAUAUGGCCUUCCUGAGUGUUUGGUUUUCUUUUUUGUGGAAUGUGGUGGAUAAUGAUAGAGAUCUAGUUUGGUGUAUCUAGGUUUGUCAGAUAUAAGUACUUUAAUCUAAUAUCAUCCGUAAUGUUUCUUUAUUUAAUGAGGUCUUGGUGUUUGAAUAGCUUUUAGUUCAGAUAUAAAUAUUAGUUGGUUAACCAUAGCGAUGACUCUUUACUCACCUCUUCAGUUUUUUGCUGGCAGAGGUAGUUUCUCUUCUUGCCACACUAAUCAUUUGUCCUUUUUAAUUUCUGGGGGAAACAAUAUGGAUGAAACUUCCCCGUGUUCUAUAUAGGUUCAUGAGGAUGGUGAAGUAUCACUUAAGCACAGGUUGAGUGGCCACCAGAAACCCGUAUUAAUGGUUGCUUGGAGCCCUGAUGACAGUCUGCUUCUGACGUGUGGAAUGGAAGAGGUUGUAAAGUGUUGGGAUGUCAGCACCGGCUAUUGCAUCCAUGUGUAUGAGAAAAAUGGUCUGAACUUAAUCUCUUGUGGCUGGUUUCCUGACGGAAAAUGGGUUUUUUCUGGUCUCACUGACCAGAGUAUCUGCAUGUGGGACUUGGAUGGCAAAGAAAUGGAAUGUUGGAGAGGACAACGGACAAUAAAGAUUGCAGACAUGGCUGUCACAUCUGAUGGCAAAUAUGUUGUUAGCAUUUGUAAGGAAAGUGCUAUUCUUUUGCUUGAUAGAGAAACAAAGCUGGAAAAGUUCAUUGAGGAGGAACAUGUAAUCACAUCAUUUUCAUUGUCGAGAGAUGACAAAUUUCUACUGCUUAAUCUUGUAAACGAGGAGAUUCAUUUGUGGAGCUUAGGCGAUCUAAAACUCGUUGCCAAGUACAGAGGUCACAAAAGAACAAGGUUUGUAAUAAGAUCCUGUUUUGGAGGUUUCGAGCAGGCUUUCAUAGCAAGUGGAAGUGAGGAUUCACAGGUAUGAAUGUUCUCCUCCAUGUUGACUACCCAAGAUAUUUAAGCUUUAUUUGAUGAAUAAUUUCAAUACGAAUCUUUCUGCGGUUUUUAGUUCACCGAAAUAAUUGUUUUUCCGUCGAUUUCGUCUGAUUCGGUUUGCUGAAACGUGUGGACUGUAAAGAAGAGUUUGAGAAUCCAGCAGUCGAAACCGUCUGCUAAAUUCAUGAAUUCUGCCUGCCGGGGUGAGUACAUGUGCUGAUCCAACAACAUGAGGACCACUGAGAAAAAUGGAAUGAAGAAUCCUUGUAAUUCACUCAAGUUUACAAUCGCAUAUUGGGAAUUUUGCUGCUUUUGAUCUCAGAUCUCGGUUAUACACUUUACAUCGUUUGCAUGAUGAAAUAUUUUAUUUGGAGUUUUUCUCGGCAACGCAAAGGUCUCGUUCCUGUCAGAAAAGCGUGCAUGUGUUCCGAUUGUCUCGUCGAGUAUUGCAAGCGUUUCCGUAUGGCUCUGGCAAGAAUGUUGCUGGGCUUCUGCUAAAACCUUGUGCUAUUUUAUUUUAUUUUAUUUGGUUUGUUUGUCUGUGUGUGUAAGAAUGGCGUUGGCCCGGGUUUUGCACGUAGUUUUGGACCUCAACCCCACUGCUCCGAAGUCAACCUGGCUUCCAGUUUCUUUUGCCAAGUUUAGUGGGCAUUUAACCUUAUUAGCUCGUACCGUAAAUCUGCAGGUGUAUUUGUGGCACAGAAGCACAGGGGAGUUCAUAGAUGCGUUGGCUGGCCAUUCUGGUGCGGUUAAUUGUGUCAGCUGGAACCCAGUAAACCCACAUAUGCUCGCAUCCGGCAGUGACGACCGAACGAUUCGGAUAUGGGGAUUACAGAGGGGGGCUAACGUUAGGCACAAGGACACGCUGAGCAAUGGCGUUAUCCAUUGCAACGGAAAUAGUUAA